AACAUGCCACGUAAGCCAUCCACUCCAAAUUUUAGUGUGUCCUCAAUUCGAGGUGGACUCUUCUUUCGAUUAACGAUUCUUGUUUUUGUAUCUUAAAGCUCCACCUCUCCUAUCCAUCCUCCUCCUCAUCCUCUCUCCCCUCCCCGGAGAAACCAACAGCUAUGGCCACCGACUCGCCAAUCCGAAUCGGAGUAAUGGGCUGCGCCGAAAUCGCGCGCAAAGUCUCUCGCGCCAUCAACCUCGCUCCAAACGCCACCAUCGCCGCCGUCGCAAGCCGUUCCUUCGAAAAAGCUAAAUCUUUCGCCACAUCCAACGGCUACCCUGAAUCGACCAAAAUCCACGGCUCUUACGAAUCGAUUCUCGAAGAUCCGGAGGUCGACGCGCUCUACGUUCCUCUACCCACUAGUCUCCACGUCGAGUGGGCUAUACGCGCCGCGGAGAAAGGCAAACAUAUACUUCUAGAGAAGCCCGUCGCGUUGAAUGUAGCUGAGUUUGAUAAGAUCCUUGCGGCUUGUGAAGCUAAUGGUGUUCAGAUUAUGGAUGGUACUAUGUGGGUUCAUAAUCCUAGAUCUGCUAAGCUUAAGGAGUUUCUGUCUGAUUCCGACCGCUUUGGUCAGCUCAAAACCGUACAGAGUUGCUUCUCAUUUGCUGGAGACGAAGAUUUCCUCAAAAACGACAUCCGUGUGAAGCCAGGUCUUGAUGGGCUUGGUGCGCUCGGAGACGCUGGAUGGUACGCGAUCAGAGCAACUCUCUUAGCCAACAACUUCGAGCUUCCGAAUACAGUCACAGCCUUUCCCGGCGCUGUGCUUAACGAAGCAGGAGUGAUUCUCUCAUGUGGAGCUUCUCUGACUUGGGAAGACGGACGAACCGCUACCAUAUACUGUUCCUUCUUGGCGAACUUGACAAUGGAGAUAAACGCAAUUGGAACCAACGGCACGCUUAGUGUUCAUGAUUUCAUUAUCCCGUUUAAGGAGACCGAGGCAUCGUUCACAACGAGCACUAAAGCUUGGUUCAAUGAGUUCGUGACUGCGUGGGUUAAUCCCCCGAGCGAGCACACGGUUAAGACAGAGCUUCCGCAAGAGGCAUGCAUGGUGAGAGAGUUUGCUCGAUUGGUUGGUGAAAUCAAGAACAAAGGUGCAAAGCCUGAUGGGUUUUGGCCGAGCAUUAGCCGGAAGACACAGCUAGUGGUUGAUGCUGUUAAGGAGUCUGUUGAUAAAAACUGUGAACAGAUUAGUCUCUCUGGUCGCUGAAGGGAAGGGCUAAAAUUAGUAAUGUUGUCAUUAGUCCUCUCAUCUCUCUGUUUUCAAACUUUGAUCAUCCGUUAAGUGUUGUUAUCCUUCUGCCCGGUUGUGCCUUGUAUCCGUACUGUUGUAUGUGUGUUGUUGCUACUAAUAUUUUGAGUUUAAUGUUGUUGUACUA